AUGUGUGCAUACGAGAGUCAGAUUGAAGGCCGUCUUAGCCCAUGGUGUGAUGUUUUUACAGAGGAGGAGCUGCGUAACUACGCCUACUCGCAGGACCUGAGCUAUUUUUACGGCGUGGGGCCCGGUUCAAUUGGCCCUGCUAAGGUACUUUUCCUUCCAUUCCUGAAAAGUCUCCUCUCUCUUCUAGAGACAGGUCCUGGGCAGGUCGGCGUUGGACCCAACGGCACGAGCUUCGAAAUUCCGAGCCUUAUCAUGGCUUUUCUGAACGACAAGCAAAUUGUGGAGAUGACCGCUGCCAUGGGAAUUUUCGAUUUCGAGGGACUUCUUCCCGAUGAUCACAUACCGGUCGACCAUUUGUAUAACGUGGCGCACUUCAUCACUAUGCGAGGCACUGUUGCUUUCGAAGUGAUGGAUUGCAAUUUCGAUAACGCCACGAAUGGGCCUUACAUCCGUGUACUGUUCAAUGACGCUGUUUAUCCUAUAGUCAGCUGUCAAAAUGGCCCUGGGAGGAGCUGCCCUUUGUCGGAUUACCUUGCUUUGAUUGACAAGAGAAUUGAUGAGGCGGGUGACUUUUUCGAUUACUGCAACGUCACAGAGACAGCCCGUCCCGAAGCCGCUACUGGAGCUACUUUCUUCCAGGAUCUUUCCUUGGACUUCUUAACUUUUGUCAAGCCCUGA